AUACUUCGCUGAGCCUCUUUGGGCGUUGUGAGGUGACGUCCUUUCUGAGCAGCGCGCGGACCCCAAACUAGGCCCGCAGAAAAAGAUCUUCACAAAAUGGAUGGAGUGUCUUCAGAGGCAAAUGAUGAAAAUGACAAUACAGAGAGACCUGUUAGAGUUCGGCAUUCCUCAAUCUUGAAGCCUCCACGGAGUCCUCUUCAGGACCUCAGAGGGGGGUAUGAAGCAGUGCAGGAAUCCAAUGUUUUCAGAAGCAAGAAAAGCUCUCGCCGAGUCAGCUUUGCAGAUACUAUAAAGGUAUUCCAGACAGAAUCUCAUAUGAAAUUAAGGAGAAAAUCUGAAACCACAGGAACAGAAGCAAAGGAAAAUGUUCCAUUUAUACAGAGUAAGAAUUCAGAAAAUAAUUACUGUGAGAUUACUGGCAUGAGCACAUUGCUUUGUGCUCCCAUUCAAACCCAGAUGCAACAGAAAGAGUUUUCAGUUACAGAAAGCAACCAUGAAAGGAAACAUGCAGAUGACCAGACAGUCGUCUUUUCAGAUGAAAACCAGAUGGAUUUAACAGCAAGUCAUACUGUGAUGAUUACCAAAGGCAUUUUAGGUUGUACGGAAAGUGAAAAGUCCACAAAAGUAGAUACCACAUCAUUUCUGACUAACUUAAAGCACCACCUUGAGAAUUCAAGAGUGAAAAAAGAAUCAAAUUUUUCUGUGAAGCAAAAUAUUUCUUCAGAAAAGAAAAUAAAUUGCAGUGAUUUUAUUAAAAGAUUGAAAACAGGAAAAUAUAAUGCUUCUUUUUCCACAGGGCCUGAUAAAGAAAAUUUUGAGAUACCUAUUUAUUUGAAAGAAUCAAGCAGUGCCUCUUGUAUACCUCAGACUCAUAUACCUGUUAAUAUAGAUGAGAAUAGUAAUGACAGGACUCAAAUCUUUAGAGAACAAGAUGCUGGGAUGAAUUUUACCCAGUGUCAUACAGCCAAUAUUCAGACAUUGGUUCCCAUUGCCUAUGAUGCCAACACAAGGGAAUUUACAGGGGAUACUGCAAUUUUUGGAAAUGACUGUAUGGACUUAACACUUAACAGCACUAUUCCAAUUUUACCUUCAGCAGGUAAUUUAUCUGAAAUGGAAGAUCAAAGUCAAAAUGUCAUGAUGAAUGUUAUGACAGGGUAUGCAACUAAAGUUCCAGAAAAGAAAGCAGCCUGUGAGAAUAAACAAAGUGUUGUUUUUCAGAACCCCUCCAGAAACCCUGAAGACAAAAUGUGUAUUAUCGGAGGCCAUAUAAUAGAGACAGAAGAUCACACUGUCACACAGACUUCCAAUCGGGACACCAGACCAUUGCCCAUGACCCAAGAAUCCAUGUGUUUUAGUCCAUCUAGUCAAGGUUACAAGACAGUUUUUUAUUCUAGUUGUAAUGAUGCCAUGGAACUGACCAAGUAUUUCUCAAGUAUGAGAGAAGAGAAAAUUUUGCUAAAACAUGAUGGUAGUUCCAAAAUAUGUCUCAAUGCAGAUGCCAUGCCUCUUCUAGAGAAAACAAUUUAUUCAGAAGAUGAUAGUAUGGACAUUACCAAGAGUCACACAGUUGCAAUAGAUAAUCAAAUUUUAAAGCAAAAUCAGACAAAUGGACAGAGAGCUUCUAUAUCUAAAAAAGAAACAGUACUCCCAAGUUCUAUAACUGUUUUAGAAAAUGGGAAAAUGAAUGUAAAUUAUAGCUCUAUUCCUGAUGCAUUGAAGGAAGGAUUACAACAGAACUUGUCAAAUGCUUUAUCUGUUACAUUAAGUAAUGAAAAGACUGAACUCUUAGACAGGGACAAUAUGGAUUUGACUGAAAGUUGCACAAGUAACUUAGGAAGUCAAGCUCCUGUUGUAUCUAAUCUGGUUCCAGAGAAUGUCAGUAAACCUUAUUGUUAUGGCAAAAGUCCUUCAGAAGAAUGGGAAAAAAUGGCCAAAAGUCAUAUCAAACUAUCCCAACAACCAAAGAUAAUGUCUGAAACUGAGUCCUGGGGUAAAGAAAAAGACAACAUUUUGACGAUUUCACCCUGUCUUGGUAAAGAUUCUUCUCACUCAGUUGAUUGUAAUCAGGAUACAGCAGUAAGUCAUAAUGUAGUCAGCUCUGGUGGACUUAAUAAACAAAUAACCCUGGGAAAUAACAGAAAUACAGUCUCAAGUGACCAGUUGUCGGCCAUGAAGUUAUAUUCAACAGAAGAGCAAUCUGCCAUGAAAACUUGCAGUGCUAUUAUUAACAGUCACACAGAGAAAUCUGUACUAGGCCAGCAUUCUAAGCAACCCGAUCCACCGAAGAAAAAUUUAGGUGAUUGCACAUCUGACUGUUCUGAUGAUAAGAUGCUUCUUUGUUCUGAAGAGGAGCAAAAUAUGGAUCUAACCAGGAGCCACACUGUUGUCAUUGGCUUUGGCAAUUCUGAAAUACAAGAACUUGAUCAAACUAAUUUAGAACAUACUAGCCAGAGAACAACAAUGAGUAAACAGAGAACUAUAAAACUUGGAAAAUGUGAUAAAAGUCCUAAAGAGAAAACUGAAGUACUUGUAUCUAAUAAUAUGGAUGCAUUAGAAGUCAAAAAUGUACAGAAACCUGGAUUUCUGAAGGAAAAUAAAAAUACCAAAAUUUUUGGAAGGGAAAGUUUUGGCAGACUAAAACAUGAUAAGACUGUUAGAUUUUCAACAGAGACUGGUGGAAAUGACAUGGACAUCACCAAGAGCUACACAGUGGAAAUAAACUAUAGGCCUUUAUUAGAUGACCAUGAUUCCCAUUUGGUGUCUUUGCCAGGGACUUCAAAAACUAUUUUGUAUACAGGUGAGCAGGAUGACAUGGAGAUGACUCAAAGUCAUACAGCCGCCUUAGAAUGUAAAACUGUUUCACCAGGUGAUAUAACUACAGUGGACAAAACUGUAAUGUUUGUCGAUGACCAUGAUGGGUUAGAAAUGACAGAGUGCCACACUGUUUUUAUUGAUUUUCAAGCAAUGGAGAAAUGUAUGCUUCCUAACUUUGAGGUUUCCAAAAGAAGAAGCCUACGACAAUCAAAAGUGACAUCUACUGAGGAGAAAGUUCCCUUUCUAGAAAGUGAUAAAAGUGAUGAUAAAGCAGCGAAAGGCAACUCUUUAACUAUACCGGAUGAAAAGUCUAAUAGUGAUCCUGUAGAGAAAGCAGUAGUAUUUAUAAGUGAUGAUAACAUGAAAGUAUCUAAACCAACCACAUUGAAAAAUAUCAAAGAUGUACAGAAGCCUGGGUUCUUGAAUGAACUGUCCGGCAGAAGUCAGAGAAGAAAAAGCCUUAGGCUCAAAAAUGACAAAGCCAUUGUAUUUUCAGAGAGUGAUAAAAAUGAUCCGGACACCUCCCAGGUUUGUAUGAUGGGAACAAAUAAGAAAAGUGUGCUGGGAGAUAGAGAUUUCCAUUUGAUGCUUUCCACUUCUAAAACUAUUUUGUAUUCUUGUGGACAGGGUGACAUGGAGAUUACUAGAAGUCACACAACUGCCCUAGUAUGGGAAACUGCUGCACCAGAUAAAAUAACUACUAGGUCCCUGAACAGAACUGUGAUGUAUGUAGAUGAUCAGAACGAUCUUGAAGUCACCAAGUCCCACACUGUUUUCAUUGAUUGUCAAGACACAAAGAAAAUAUUUGAGGAAUACCCUGAAUUUGGAACAGCAAAAGGAAAAAGAGGCAGUUUUUCUGAGGAUGAUGGCUGUGUUCAGAAAGUCCCUACAAAACAAGAACUGACAACAGAAAACAAAGUUUUUCCUCAUACUGAGCAAAAGCAUCCUAUGAUACCCAUUGUUCCUCAUCAUGUUUUGUCUGGAAAUCAAAGUGAAACGGAAACCAUGGAAUCCCACAGAGCUACUGCAGGUGAAGAGGUCACAGGGAAGACUGUAGGUCAGACCUCUACAUCAGAAAAAGCUAGAGUUGAAAGCUGUCACUUAGAUUGUACAAACAGAGAAGAUAUGAAUUUUAUAAACAGUCAUGUAGCUGCUAUUGGUGGAUCAAAUGAUAAUUAUUCUUGUUUACCAAAUGCUAUUUCCUGUUUUGGUAAGUUAGAGGGAAAUACCAUGUCCUUAUGUGAUAAAGAUAAGGAGAAAGGCAAUUGCCCAUUGCAAAAUGAUCUUGCUUAUGUCAACACUUUACCCUGUGAACAUCACAUGACAUCUGAAAGGGUGACUGCCUCAGCUCCUUCUCUUGUCUUAGAGAAACAAGAAGCUGUUCAGACCAGUACUGAAGGACAGUUCCAGUGUGCCACAACACCACUGAAACAUCAGGAUCUGAUUGAAGAACCUCAGAAUCUAUUAGCUAGUCAAACUUUAAUACAUUCUCAGAAUCUGGGGGAGAUGACUAAACUUAACUCAAAGCAAGUAUCUUUUAAGCCUCCGAAGGAUCCAAUGGAGGCCUGUGUUGAUGAUACUUGUGUUGCUUCUGAGCCUCACCUCACACCCCAGCAACCUGCAUUGCUUCCAAAAGGACAGAAUAAUGUCAAUAAAGAUGACAUGAAAAUACCUAAAGCUGUAGAUAAUGUUUUAAGUAUUGUUACAGGAUUUUCCUCCACGUCCAUAAAUGAAAAUAAGCCCAAGAUGCUCAGUAAUAAGGAGUUUUCCAUAGCCUGUGAAAAAGAACUGAAGGAAAACAGUCCAGUGGCUGAAUGUAAGUCAGAGUUGACUGUACAAGCCAUUCAGACACAAGCCAAUGCUAGACAUACAGCAGAUCUUGUUAUUGCAUCUAAUGCUCCAUAUUUUAGUAAUGUCACACCAAAUUUGAAUAAUUUGAUUGGAAAAAUCGAAGGGCUUUUAGACUUUCAAGCUGUUCCUAAAUCACGUCCUCAAGAACAGUUACUUGAAGUAGAAAAUCAGACACAUAGUAAGAGUGUAGUGCAAGUCACUGAGAUGCAUGAUACAGUUUCUAACAAUGUUCAAGAUAAUAAAGACGAAAAUAAGAAUUCUAAUAAUGUAAGUGAAACUGCUUCUGACCCAUUAAAGGCUCUUAAAGAUAAAAUGCGGAGACAUUCUUUGGGAAUCUUUUUGCCCAGAUUGCCAAACAAAAGAAAUUGUAGUAUCACUGUUACUGAUGACGCAGAGCAGGUCGCAGCAAAUACAACUGCUUUAAAUCAAAUAGAAUCUCAGCUAGCCUCCAGCAAGGAAUCAGGCAUUACAUCUGUGGCAGCUAAACUGAACUUAAGUCCGUCUCAAUUUAUAAAUGAGGAACAUCUUCCAUCAUGCACUGCUGAGAUUACUUCAUCAGAUUCCAUAUGCCUAGAAGAUGAGGACAAAACUUUGAUUGAAACACACCAAAAUGAAACUUCACCAUCUGAAAAUAAAGUAGGAGAAACCCUUAAUCGACAAAAAAGAACCUGGGUGCAAGAUGAAGAAGCAGAUAUUCCAAGUGAGAAAAAAGUCCGGAAAAGGGAGUCUGAGCUUAGUGAUACAACAAAAGAGCAAGAGGUUUUUGAUCACCAAACUGAGGAGAGUAUGGACAGAAAUGCUAACAGUGUGUUGAUCAAAAGCCUGAGCAGGACUCCGUCUAGUUGCAGCAGCUCUCUGGAUUCAAUCAAGGCCGAUGGAACCUCUCUGGACUUCAGCACACUCCGCAAUAGUCAGAUGGAAUCGCAGUUUCUCAGAGAUGCCAUUUGUGAAGAGAGUUUAAAGGAGAAACUCAAAAAUGGGAGAAUAACGAUAAGGGAGUUCUUUAUACUUCUUCAGGUCCACAUCUUGAUACAGAAACCCCGACAGAGCAAUCUCCCAGCCAAAUUUACUAUAGGCAUGCCACCCACUCCAGAGGACUUGAUGUUAAGACAAUAUGUUUAUGGACCCAAGACAGAGAUUUAUAAAGAAGAUUGUGAGGCUCUUCGUCAAAAGAUUGAAGAAUUAAAGCUUUCUUCAUUGAACCAAGAUAAACUGUUAACUGAUAUAAAUAGAAACCUGUGGGAAAAAAUGAGAUGCUAUUCUGAUGCAGAGCUGAAGACCUUUGGGGCUUACCUUAACAAAAUAAAGUCAUGUUUUACCAAGAUGACCAAAGUCUUCACCCAUCAAGGAAAAGUGGCUCUGUACAGCAAGCUGGUGCACUCAGCUCAGCAAGAGAGGGAGAAACUUCAGAUAAGGAUAGAGGAAAUGGACAGCCUCCUUAAGAAGAUGAGUAACUGUCUUACUGAGAUGGAAAAAGAAACUAACAGUUUGGAAGAUGCAGAAAAAGUGAAUCCUGCGGAAGAAUGGAGUUCUGAAAUGAAAGCUGCAGAGAAAGAACUGGAACAACUGAAAACAGAAGAGCAGGUGCUUCAAAGAAACCUUGCAGAACUGAAGUUUCAAAAAGCGCAGACCCUUGCUCAAAUAGAUUGCAUGAAAAAGCAAACAAAUAGAACUAAGGAAUUACUGGACCAAUUGAGUUUGUCUGAAUGGGAUAUCAUUGAGUGGAGUGAUGAUCAAGCUAUAUUCACCUUUGUUUAUGACACAAUACAACUUAACAUUACCUUUGGAGAACCAAUAGCUGGUCUCUCUUUCCUGGGUAAGGCUUCUAAGAAGAUUAUUGAGUUGAAGUUUCAGUCUCUGUUAGAUGAAGAUAAAGCCCCGCCUUCCUCCCUUUUGGUUCAUAAGCUUAUUUUUCAGUAUAUUGAGGAACAGGAAUCCUGGAAGAAGACAUGUACCACCCAGCAUCAGGUACCCAAGAUGCUUCAAGAACUUUCAUUGGUGGUGAACCAUUGCAGACUCCUUGGAGAGGAGAUUGAAUUUUUAAUGAGAUGGGGAACAUAUUAUAACCUUAUGAACAUACAUGUGGAAAAUACUGACCUGACACUUUUGUUUGCCAGCUCUGCAGCAUUUGCAAAGUUUGAGAUAACAUUGUCUCUCUCUGCCCAUUAUCCAUAUGUCCCAGUACCGUUUACAAUUGAAAAUCACAUUGGGAGCACCAGCCAAGAUGGCAUUGCUGCCAUUCUGUCUAAAGUGCCAUUGGAAGACAACUAUCUGAAGAAUGUGGUCAAGCAAAUUUACCAAGAUCUGCUACAUGACUGCCAUGUCUACCACUGAAUCCAUGGACCAUGGUUGUAACAACCAAGCAGGAUGCGCUUAGUCACAUUAUAUUAGGGUCUCCAUUGCAGUUUAUCGUGUGUCUUUAGGUCAUAGAAGCUAGUAAAAUUCUCACUGAUGAUGUUAUAAGUGAUGGGUAUGAUUAGUUGUCAAAAUUGUUUGGAUGGAGGUGAUGUAAGGUCCCAAACACUUUGCUACCACCAUAUUCACUUUUGUUCCAAAGGUUUAAGUAAUAGUACAUUUUAAGUAAAAUUUUCCCCUGACUAAAAUUGUGUGCUGUAAGGUGUCCUCAGGAGAAACAUUCAAGCAUAAGAGAAGUUACCAUUAACAAAAACAUGAGCCAGUACUAGUAAUUUUCAGUAGCCUGGCUUUGCCUAGCAGAUAUUUUUGGAAUAGAAACAUGUCUGUUUACAAACAACUCAUCUUUUUUUUUUUAAUGUCAAUGUUAAGAAAAAUCAAAUGGAAGGGCUUGCUUUUCAUUCUAUGAUGUCUAUUUUCAUAAUAAGUUUUUUUUUUUAAGGUAAAGCUAAUUCAUUUUAACUCAGUACAUAUGUAAAUAAUGUUUUGUGAUAUAGUAUGGAGAUGUAUAUAUCAUAUAGUAUAUAGAGAAAAUACUUUUUUUGCUAAGCAAUUUCCAUCUUCUGAAGCUGAUUUAUAGCAAACGUCUCAACUAUCAUUUAUUAAAUAGUGGCGUAACAGUAUAAUACCCAGAAUACCAGUUUAACCAAUUUUUGGCAGUAGUAAUAAAUCUAUGAGCAAGUAUUGUUGCUGAAAAUACACCCUCCUCAUUCAAAAGUAAGUAUAUCCAUCUAUGAGGUAGACAAAUAUGAAAGCGUUUUUACCCAAACUUUUGUCAAAUCCUAAUCAUGAUAAUCUUUGCUUUGUUUAUAUUUAAUUCUAAGCUGAAGUAUAUUUUUAUUUUAAAUUAAUUUUCCUUAAAAUUUGCUUCUUACCUAGGAUCAGGGUAAAGUCCUAUAGAUCUCCUGGAAUGUUAUCUUCCCUGUUGGUUUCUUUAUCUGAAAUAAAGUGUAAAGAUCAUAUGGCCUUUGAAGCUUCAAAGUCAAAAUUCAUUUCUCAUGAAAAUUAAUAGUUUCCCUAUUUCUAUACACUCCUUGAAAAAUGUUUGAAGUUAUUAAUAUGGUCUUUUUUCCCAUACAACUUAAAUUAGCU